AUGUGCAACUUUGAUCUGAUGUCUAAUGGAUGCUUCAAGGAGAAUCCAUUCUCUGCAUGUGGAGGUGCAAUGCAGCAAUCCACGAAAGUUGGUGUUGGCGCCGCUAUGUGCCUAUUCGGUUUCGGAUUAACUUUGGACCAACUCCGAGAUGAAUGUCUUAUUCGGAAUCAGAGUACCAGCGAGUAUCCGUUCGGAGUCGUCGAGGUGGGUGCUAUUACUGAUGUCGACGGUGUAAAACUCGGUCAAGUUGCUGGUUUGACAUUUUUGGAUGGAAACGUCGUGAUAUUCCAUCGUGCUGGAAGAAAUUGGGACCAAAACACUUUCGACCAGUAUAAUGUGCUCCUGGAUAAAACACCUAUAAAUGACGAUGUAAUUGUGAUCGCUGCUUUCAAUGAGAAUAAAGCCCACAUGGUGAACAAACUUGGGAAAAACAAGUUCUAUCUUCCUCAUGGUAUUCAUUUUGGCAAAGACGGAUUCCUGUACACUACGGAUGUUGGCGCACAUACUGUAGCGAAAUGGAAAAUAAAUGGAAAU